AUGGAUUUUGAAGAAGAGACUACCGUUUGCACAAUAUGUCACGAAAACAAGUCUAAAUAUACAUGUCCGGCUUGUGAAAUAAAAACAUGUUCAUUGCUGUGUUACAAUAAACAUAAAUAUGAAAGAGAUUGUACUGGGAAAGUUGAUUCUAAUAAAUACUUGAACCGAAACGAGUUAGCAGCUGAUCCAGUGCAUUUGAAUAGAGAUUACAAUUUUUUAAACAAUGUGGAUAGAAAAAUACAUGUUGGCAAAGAAGAUAUAGUAAAACUGGCGAAAAAUGUGUUUAAACGUACCCGAAAUCAAUCACAAGCCUCGGGUAACAAGAGAUAUAAGCGUAAUGAAGAAGAUAACACCGAUAAACGAAUAACGGCAGUGAAAAAGAUAUUUUUAAAUGAUCCUAACAUUAGCAUUAAACGGGAAAACACUUUAAUAGUCCUGUUACCCAUCGGCAUGUCAAGAUCAAAUACAAACAAAACAGGGUUUGACAAAAAGUUGAAUUCAUUUGUGUGGACUAUAGAAUGGAUAAUGUUAAACGAACAAGGUGAACAAGUGACAAAAUUUAUAAGUUAUAGAUUAAAGGAGUCAUUGGUUUUGCAGGACUCGGUGCCAAUGAAUAUUAUCAAUAACAAAUUCACCAAACCCGUGGAAAAAUGCUAUUUAAAGUUCUAUUUACAUGAUGUGAUACAUAAGGGCAAAAUGAUACGAUUGAAUGGUGGAGACAAAAUAUCCGAUGUGUUGAAAGAUAAAAUUGUACUCGAAUAUCCCACAAUAUAUGUUGCUGCAAAUGACGAGUGUUUACAAGAUAGAAUUAUAGAUAGCCUUCAAUUGGCCGAGGAGGAAGAAGAUGACACCACUGACUCAAGUGAGGAUGAUUCUAGUGACUCGGAGAGUGAUGAUGAUGAUAGUGAUAGUGGUAGUGAAACCAGUAGUAUUGGAGACGGUUCAGGUGAAGAUAACGAUUCUGAUUCGGCACCCGAAGAGACAUCUCUGAAACUACCACCUUUUUCACAGAAAUUCUUUGAAGCGUCAGCUGAGCCAAAACCAAUAAUAGAAGAGAUAGGAUCUAACAAGACUGUAGAAGAACCAUAA